UGAGUUUGAAUUCACUGUCAGCCAAAAUCAAGGGUUAUUUUCAACUCACAAACAGAAAUUAUGUGAACGAAAAAUUCAGCCUCACCAGCCAUUUGGCGACGAGUGCUAGGUACAAGUAUUGGUACUCAAUAUUCCAGAAAAAACUCGAAAUGGUGGACGACAGAGUCUCGGAAGAGCCAUCAAUUUCGAUUGCAGUGAUGAAGUUGUGUUUGGACAAUCUCGUGGAUAACUCAGAUGUCAAGGACAUAUGCCUAUCCAAUUCGCAAUUUGCAUCCAGAAAAAAUUUCAAUACACUCGAAAACUGUCAGUUCUGUCGGAAGGAGAGUAAAUUAUUAGACUUGUGCUGUCCCAUAAAAGAACUUCAAGUGGGGGUAUUCAAAAAGGCAAUUACGAACUCCUUGAGCCAUCAUUCUCUGCCACCUCUUAUCGAUGGAAAACCGCAUCCUGACCAACUGAAAGAAAAUUGGAUAACAUCCGAAAUCAAGCUUCCGGAAAUUAAGAGAAAAAUCGUAUUGGAUAUGUCAAAAGGUAGAUCGACUCUACUGAAAUUGAAAAAGAAGCUGAAUAAUAUACGGAUGUUCUACCCCAACCUGUUUUACGCCAAAGAGAACAUAAUUGAAAUGUGGUGCAAGGACGACACUCUUCAACUGAUGACGUUUGAAUUUCUGGAUUACGAUAAGAAUUCGAAUUAUGUGUGGAUAUGAAAUUUUUUAAUCAUUUCGAUUCAUUCCAAUUCGAUGAUAAAAUCUAGUCCAUAUGAUGUCUUUAGCUACUCGCAUGAAAUAUACUACUUGAUAAUCUA